AUGGCUUGUCCGAAGGUGGCAAGGCUCUUGACAAGACCAUUGGCUAGGCCGCUCAUAAGCCAUUACCACAAUGCUUUACCAUGUCAGGCGAUCACUAAAUUAAGGCGGCGUCCUGCAUCAACACAAGCAUCAAGCUCAGCAUAUACGGAUGGCCCGCACAAAGUGAGGACAAAGAUACCAUCCCUGAUGAUGGACACUAAGAGUGACUGGCAGCUAUUAUCGGCAACUCUUGAAGAGGCAGAUCCAGCCAUCUGGGAGAUUCUACAGAAGGAGAAGAGGCGGCAAAAGCAUUUUAUAAACCUCAUUCCUUCUGAAAACUUCACUUCCCAAGCAGUUUUGGAUGCCCUUGGCAGUAUAAUGCAAAACAAAUACUCCGAGGGAUAUCCUGGUGCUAGAUAUUAUGGAGGCAACGAAUUCAUCGAUAUGUCAGAAAGACUCUGUCAGCAACGAGCUUUGGAAACCUUCAAACUCAACCCUGAAGAAUGGGGUGUCAAUGUCCAACCCUUAUCUGGUUCGCCAGCAAACCUUUAUGCCUACUCUGCCAUCUGUUCAAGCCAUGACAGAAUAAUGGGUCUGGAUCUCCCACAUGGUGGUCACCUAUCUCAUGGCUAUCAAACAGCUACCAAGAAAAUCUCCAUGAUCUCCAAAUAUUUUGAAACCCUACCCUACCGCCUCGAUGAGACCACUGGCCUGAUCGACUACAACAAACUCCAAGAACUUGCAACUCUCUACCGCCCCAAGAUCAUCGUCGCCGGUACUUCCGCCUACAGCCGCCUCAUCGACUACCAACGCAUGCGCUCCAUCGCGGAAUCAGUAGGCGCCUACCUUCUCUCCGACAUGGCUCACAUCUCCGGCUUAGUCGCCGCGUCCGUAAUUCCCUCUCCAUUCCCCCACUCCGACAUCGUCACCACGACGACCCACAAAUCUCUCCGCGGACCUCGCGGCGCCAUGAUCUUCUUCCGCAAAGGCGUGCGCCGCACUGACAAAAAGGGUCAACCAGAACUCUACGACCUAGAAAAUCCCAUUAACUCCUCUGUCUUCCCUGGCCAUCAAGGCGGUCCGCACAACCACACCAUCACCGCCCUAGCCGUCGCGCUCAAACAAGCCCAAACCCGGGAAUUUACCGAAUACCAAAAGACCGUCCUCGCCAACGCCAAGGCGCUGGCUGAACGCCUUGGCAACGGCGAAUACGCAGGCGGUCUAGGGUAUAACAUCGUCUCUGGCGGCACGGAUAACCAUCUUGUGCUCGUCGACCUGAAAUCCAAGAGCAUCGACGGCGCGCGGGUAGAACGUGUCCUCGAACUGUGCGGUCUGGCCUCCAACAAAAACACCGUCCCCGGAGAUAAAUCGGCCAUGAAGCCUGGCGGGUUGAGGAUGGGUUCCCCCGCCAUGACGACGAGAGGGUUCCAACCCCCGGAUUUUGCGAGAGUGGCAGAGAUUGUGGAUCAUGCGGUUGGCAUUACGUUGAAGGUUGAUAAGGCGGCUAGGAGUGAGGCGGAGGCGAAGGGAAGGAAGAAUCCGGGCAGUGUGAAGGCGUUUUUGGAAUACUUGGGCGAGGGGGAGGAGCAGAGGGAGAUUUUGUUGUUGAGGAGGGAGGUGGAGGAGUGGGUUGGGACUUUUGCCGAGCCGUGGAUCAAGUAA